UACUUUAUGACCAACUGAAACCUUAUGUUGAUAAUGUCCAUCUGCAUGGUUGGAACAAUCCAAUAAGAGUUACCCAGUUACCCUCACUGGAAUGAAUGGGUAGGGAAGCCCCUGCGGUUUGAUGGCUGAUGAGCUAAGAACAAACAAAGGCCAAUGGAAUCUGCUGAAACACAAACAGUAGUAGAUAGUAGUAAGAACAGGGUGUUGCUACUGAGGACCCUGACCUGUUGCCCUUUUGUUAUUUUAGCAACUCAGCCCCCACGUACUCAUUAACCUUUUAUAUGAGACUGUGCAAAGAGACCCCCCUCUCCAUCCCAGAGUGCAACACUAUAUAAUUCCAUCCCCAGGAGGAGACGGUAUCAGCAGUUGAGUGAGGACACAAUGGAGCGGCUGUGUAUCCUGGUUCUGUGUGUGCUGGUUCCCCUGUGCCGGGCUGAGAGCCCACUAUCGCCUGUUGUGAGCCCAAUAGACUGCAAUGCUACUGAGUUUGAAGCAGGGGUAGCGCUGGACUUGAUCAAUGAGGAUCGGCGCACUGGUUUUGUCUUCAAACCCCUCCAUGUAGUUGAGGCGCAGGAGCAGGAGGUCCAGUCCCAUUUAUACCCAGCGAGUACCAUAUAUUACCUGACCAUAGACGUCCUGGAAACCACCUGUUCUGUCCUGAGUGGGAAAUCAUGGAAAGAUUGCAGUGAGCCUUCCUCCUUCCAUUUGUGGGUGUUUGGCCAGUGUAAGGCUAUUAUUCUCCUAUCCCUACCCUGGAGGGUACAGAAGCUGCUGAACUACAACUGCACCACUGCGUCAGUUCCUGCCAGCGCCAUCCUCCAGACCUGCCCCGACUGCCCAACCCCCACAUGGGAAAUCAGCCCUAAAACAAGGAAAAUGGCCGACAAACUGCUUGGGGACUUCAACAAGGAGAGCAACAGCACCAGGCACUUCAGAUCGGACCAUAUAGAGAGGGAGACAUCCCAGUGGGUGAUUGGACCGUCCUAUUUCAUCAAGUUUACCAUAAAGGAAACUGAGUGCCUGAAAAAAACCAAGAAGAAUGUGAAUCUGAUGGACUGCAAGUUCCUGGAGGACAAAGAUGCGCGCGUUGGCUUCUGUGAGGGCAGCAUAAUGACCAACUCCCAUACGGGCGAGGAACACAAGCAGGUUACCUGUGAAGUCUAUGAACCCAAGGUGGACAGGUCUCCUGAAACCGAUUAUCAUGGACCUCAUGCAUUCAUUCGUGGAAGAGAGAUCCAGUUAGAGGGGCAAGAAAAGCCUGGAGCAGCUGGAAAAGUCCAUGAAGAGCCACAUCCUUCCCAAAAGGGGAAAAAACCUGACCAUCCUCCAAAAGAUUCUUCUCACAAGGACCAUAGUGGCUCCUCUGAAGAGCACGGGGAGAAGAAACCCAGUGUCAGGAAGCCAAAAGGUUUAGUCCAGAACUUCCGCCUGAAUGAUUCUGAUGUUCUGCCAGCUCCCGCCAUCACCAUCAGCAUCCCCCCAUUGCCCACUCGUCCUGAGGUCAGAUCUGAGUUCAUUGAAUUCCCAGAAACAGAUUCCAUCCUGCCCACCUGUCCUUGGACCAAGGAGGACAAACCUGAGAUUUUACAGUAUUUACCUCGUAAACAUAAUCAGGUCUCAGCCGAUAUUUAGGGCGAAAAGAAUAAAGUCUUGGUUGUUUAUA